AUGGCAAUUGUACACAAUUAUUUAACCAUGAUAAUAAGCCUCACAGUCGUAUUCGUCUAUCAUGGUUUUACUACCGGAGAAUACACAACCGCAACUCUGAACAAUCGUCCGAUUAUUGGUAUUAUGUCCCAAGAAACACAUGGCAAGAUAUAUCCAAAGUUUGGUCAAUCGUAUAUCGCUGCGUCCUAUAUUAAAUAUUUGGAAUCAUCAGGAGCCCGAGUUGUGCCCAUAAUGAAUGACCUCAGUGAAGAAGAAACAGAGAAACUAUUUAACUCUAUCAAUGGAGUUUUAUUCCCUGGCGGCGGAGUUAACCUCAGUACAUCUGGCUAUGCUAAAAUCGGGCAGCAUAUUGUUGAUUUAGCUAAAGCCGCAUUUAGCAAAGGAGACUAUUUCCCAAUAUGGGCAACUUGUCUUGGUUUUGAAUUUGUAUCCACGUUGAUUAGCGAAGACGUCAACGUUUUAUCCAAAACUGACUCGGAGAAUCUACCAUUACCAUUAAAUUUUUCGCAAGAUUACCGCAAUAGCAAAUUGUUCGGGAAAAUACAAGACUCGCUCUCACAUUUUCUCAGCACAGCUUCUACUACAAUGAACAUGCAUAAACGCUCGUUACUGGCUUCAACUUUUGCAAGAAAUCAGAAACUGAGAAGCUUUUUCAAGAUUUUGUCAACAAACAAUGACAGAAACGGCUUAGAAUUUGUAUCAACAAUAGAGGGGAUUAAAUAUCCUAUCUUUGCAACACAAUGGCAUCCGGAAAAGAACGCAUUUGAGUGGACAGUGAAAGAAAAUAUACCUCACCAAGAUAUGUCCAUAAAGGUCACGCAGUAUAUGUCAAAUUUCUUUGUGAAUCAAGCUCGAUUGAAUAAGCAUAGAUGUUUAUCACCUGAAGAAGAAGCCGUCUCGUUGAUAUAUAAUUUUACUCCAGUUUAUACUGGGAAUGUAUCAAAUUUUGAACAGUGUUAUUUUUUUAAAUCCCAGCAGGAUGCCAUAUUUUGA